AUCCAUCCUCUGAUCGUCUCACCAACCCGUCCAGAGAGCCAAAAAGUAAAAGCGAGCGAGGGAGGGAGAGAAACCCCCACCGGUAGGAACCCCGGAAGCAUUCACCCCUCCUCCUCCUGCUCCUCCCCCAGUCCCGUCCGCGAGCGAGGGAGGGAGAGAAACCCCGCCACCCGGCCCAGUCCGCCUCGCCGAGCCGCCACCGCACUCCUCCUGCAUUGGCCUCCGAAAACCAAUGAAUUUUUGGAUGGGGAAGGUACAGAGUAAGAAUGUUCCAGCCUAUGAUGGAGCAAUUUUUCUGUGCAACCACCUGACCAGGAAGGAGUGCUUCCACAGAAAGCUUUUUGGCCUUUCGUCUAAGUGUAUUGAUUUUAUACAUAAAGUUAAAUCUGGCACGACACUAUUCCUGUAUGACGUUGAGCAGCGUAAGCUUCAUGGGGUGUUUGAAGCAACUUCAGAUGGAGCCAUGAAUAUCAUUCCUGAUGCAUAUGCCUCAUCAGGGUUUCAGUAUCCUUGUCAGAUACGCUUUAAGAGGAUUUGGUUUUGCAAGCCUUUGAUGGAAGGUGAAUUUGAAGAUGCAGUACAGGAUAAUUAUUACUUCGCAAGAAACAAGUUUAGUUACAGUUUGACACAUCAACAGGUUGUAAAGCUUCUUCACUUGUUUUCUUCAAGGAACAGAUUACAACCUCGUCAGAAUCUAAGGUUACAGGAUGAACCUCCAAGGGAGUCUGGCAUUUCUUCUGUGGUUAACCAAACUGAUAACCAGUCUGGUUCAAAUAGCACUUCACAUGGUUCAUUGAAAAGCCCCUGUCAAACAUGUACCUCCUCCAGUGUUCGGGAACAUGCAGCAUCGCCGACUCACAAGUUAUCUGAGCCUAUGUCAUUAAAGCACAGAGAGUUACAACUAGACAUCUCUGAUAUGGCCAAGUCCAACAGCUCAAGAUCUUCCUUGCACACUGCAGCAAAUACAGACGUUGUCACUGAACCUGGCACCCAAGAAGCCGUGGAUGACAAGUUUACUGAUGAUUAUAUACCACUACAGCUGGAGGAUGAUACUUCAGACGGUGUUGAUACUCUAUUCGAUUUGCUUGGAGGUGAGAGCCACUCUUCAGAAUCUAAAGGCAGUAGUGACUCUGAAGAGAACACUGCUUUACACCAACCAUUUGUCAGGAAGAAAGAUGAUUGCCAUCAGCCCAUAGCAGAUUCAAAGCUCCGUGCUGACAUUGAAGAGCGGAGAAGCGUGUUUGCUCGGCUAAUGGGAAGACCUGAAUCUUUUGUUCAAAGGCAGAAGUUCAAGACCAAACCAUUCCCAUCAAAGAAAGCUAUGUCUUUCACUUCCCCUACUCAGAGGAGAAAAAAGCGGAGGGCACAGCAGAACAAGUCCUUUCCUUGUGAUAAUCGUGCAACGUUGGGUAUGCCUUCAGCUGAUAAGAUGAUAAAAGGUCCAGCAUUGGACUAUUCAUUUGUCUGGGAUGAUGACAGAAGAUCCAACAAGUUCUCUGGUGGAAAACCAAGCAACAUUCAGAGAGUCCUACAUCCAUAUCAUCAUGAAGGCGUGAAACAAUGGGAUAUAUCUACUAAAGAACCUGAUCGAUAUGGUGCAUGCAAAAGGCUGUUUGUUCCUGAAGGUAGCAAAAAUUUGAUCGAGUCCUGUGGCAGAGUGUCAAAUAAACCUCCAAUAUUUUCUGAAGUACAGGAGAGCCGCCACGCCAAUGUUGAAGAGAAAAACAGGGCCCCUUUCUUGGAUUUUAAGCGGCGUGCUAAGGAUCUAAAUGUUGAAGGAGAAGAUCCGGAUUAUACGGCCGAUGUUGAGGAAGCAGCAACGAAGAAGACACGGUUAGCAAGUGCAUGUUACCUUGGUGUGAAGCAUGAAAACGAAGCUGCAUUGGUUCCAAGAGACACCAGACCUGUGGACAUGCUGACAGUAUCAGAUGAGAAUUGCAAACUCAAUGUCCUCAGUUUAUCAUCUGAUGACACCAGUAGUCAGAUGGCUGGAGCUUAUCUUGAAACCGAAGUGCAACUGCAAGGUGAACAUCAAAGGAUCCAAGGCUGCUGUGAAAAUGUUACUGGUGAUACUGAAAACACGCUGACAGUAUCAGAUGAGAACUGUAAACUCAAUAGCAUCAGUUUGUUAUCCAAUGGCGCCUGUACUAAGAUGGAUGGAGCUUAUCUCGAAACUGAAGUGCAACCACAAGAUGCACAGCAAAGAAUCCAAGGCUGCUCUGAAGAUGUAACAGGUGAUAAAUCAUCGGUUCUUGGAAAUUCUGGAAAUGCACACCUGUUUCGCAAGCUCAGUUUUGGUGACAUUCAGACCAUUAUUGAAACUGGCAGUGAGGUGGGUUUUGACCAUGUGGAAACUGAAACUUCCCUUCAACAGAAACAAAACCAAAGUGCCACUGCCGGGAGCUGCCAUGGAGUGGUUGAUACAGAUAAAACACCGAUCCUCGAAAAUCCUGAAACCAUGGAAUCCUCCUCCAACCAUGAUGAGGAUGGAACUUUGGAAAUGGUGGCUACUAAUCACCAGGACACCAGUACCCUCCCUAAGGGCAAAGAUGGUGAAGCUACAAACCCACCGACAGGCUCUGAAGAUGAUGAAGAUAGUACCAACACCCUGUCUCCGAACAGAUGCCGAAGCAGUUCACCUCCUCAUGACCUUGAGUUGACCAAAGCAGAGGAGACGCAGCAAAGUUACGAAACCAAACAUGUAGCAGCCCAUGAAAUCUCAGACUCAACGGACUCAUUUGCGAUCUGCGCCGAGGGUUAUGGAAGCAAGAUUGGGAUGUCAACUGACAGCACCUCUAUUCAUCUGGUCAUCAAUGCACUUGGAACAAACUCGGAGUCCAGGACAAGUUUCUUCGACGGCCCCUGUGACAGAGAAUCAAAUAAACCCCCAUUGUUUGCUGAAGAACAUGAGAACUGUAAAGUCACUGUUGAAGAAGAAAUCAGGACCCCUUUCUUAGACUUUAAGCAGCGUGCUAAGGAUCCAAAUGUUGAAGGAGGAUAUACGGUUUAUGCUGCUGAUGUUGAGGAAGCAGCAAGGAAGAAGAUGCGGUUAGCAAGUGCAUCUUACCAUGGAGAGGAAUAUGGAGGUGAAACUGCCUUGGUUCCAAAAGACGCCAAACCUAUGGAGAUGCUCACAGUAUCUGAUGAGAACUGUAAACUCAAGAGCAUCAGUUUGUCAUCUAAUGACACAUGUACUCAGAUGGCUGGAGCUCAUCUCGAAACAGAAGUGCAACUGCAAGAUGAACAUCAAAGGAUCCAAGGCUGCUGUGAAGAUUGUGGAAACGCGGAAUUGUUGCCCAACCUCUCUUUCGGUAACAUGCAGACAAUUGUUGAAACUGGGGGUGAGUUGGGUUUCGGCCACAUGGAAACUGAAACAUCCCUCCAAGAGAAACAAAACCAAAGUGCUAGGAGCUGCUAUGUUCUGGUUGAUACAGAUAAAACGUUGAUCAUGGGAAACCCUGAGACCAUAGAAUUAUCUCCCAACCAUGAUGAGGAUGGAACUUUGGAAAUGGUGGCUACUGAUCAUCAGGACACCAGUACCCUCCCUCAGGGCAAAGAUGGUCAAGCUACAAACCCACCGACAGGCUCUGAAGAUAGUACCAACACCCUGUCGCUGAACAGACGUCAAGGCAGUUCACCUGCUCGUGAUCUUGAGUUGAGCAAAGCAGAUGAGAUGUGGUACCGAAGUUACCGAACCAAACAUGUAGCAACCCAUGAAAUCUCAGACUCCACGGACUCAUUUGCGGUCUGUGCUGAGGGUUACAGAAGCAAGAUUGGGAUGUCAACUGACAGCACCUCUGGUCAUCUGGUCAUCAACGAACUUGGAACAAACUCGGAGUCCAGGACAGGUUUCUUAGAUGGCUCCUGUGGCAGAGAAUCAAACAAACCCCUGCUGUUUGCUGAAGUACAUGAGAGCCGCAAAGUCACUGUUGAAGAAGAAAUCAUGAUCCCUCUCUUGGACUUUAAGCGGCAUGCUAAGAAUCCAAAUGUUGAAGGAGGAGAUCCAGAUUAUACUGCCGAUGUUCAGGAAGCAGCAAGGAAGAAGACGCGGUUAGCACGUGCAUCUUACCAUGGAGAGGAGUAUGAAAGUGAAACGGCAUUGGUUCCAAAAGACACAGUAUCUAUGGACAUGCUGCCAGUAUGUGAUGAUAACUGUAAAUUCAAUAGCAUCAGUUUGUCAUCCAAUGACACCUGUAAUGAGAUGGCUGGAGGUUAUCUCGAAACCGAAGUGCAGCUGCAAGAUGAACAGCAAAGGAUCCAGGGCUGCUGUGAAUAUGUUACAGGUGAUACUGAGAACAUGUUGACAGUAUCAGAUGAGAACUGUAAGCUCAAGAGCAUCAGUUUGUCAUCCAAUGACACUUGUGCUCAGAUGGCUGGAGCUUAUCUUGAAAAACGGCUAAAUGAACAGCAAAGGAUCCAAGGCAGCUGUGAAGAUGUUACAGGUGAGAAAUCAUCGAUUCUCGGAGAUUCUGGAAAUGCACGCCUGUUUCGCAGGUUUGGUUUUGGUGACAUGCAGACCAUUGUUGAAACUGUCAGUGAGGUGGGUUUCGGCCAUGUGGACACUGAAACUUCCCUCCAAGAGAAGCAAAACCAAAGUGUCAGGAGCUGCUCUGGAGGGGUUAAUGCAGAUAAAAUGUUGAUCGUCGAAAAUCCUGAAACCAUGGAAUCCUCCUCCAACCAUGAUGAGGAUGGAACUUUGGAAGUGGUGGCAGCUGAUCAUCAGGACACGAGUCCCUUCAUGAUCCUUGGAAUCCCUCAGGGCAAAGAUGGUGAAGCUGCAAACCCACCAACAGGCUCUGAAGACGAUGAAGGUACUACCAGCAACACCAUGUCGCCGAGCAGACGUCGAAGCAGCUCGCCUCCCCAUGAUCUUGAGUUGAGCAAAGCAGAGGAGACGCGACGCCAAAGCUACCAAACCAAACAUGUAGUAGCUGCUCAUGAAAUGUCGGACUCCACGGACUCAUUUGCGGUCUGCGCCGAAGGCGACAACGGAAGCAAGACUGGGGCAUCAACUGACAGCACCUCUGUUCAUCUUGUCGCGAACGAUCUCCUUGGCACAAACUCGGAGUCCAGGGCGAGCUUCUUCGACGGUUCCUCAAGCAGCAAGCUUGCCGGGAUGAUCAUACUCUCGCAUGACCCCGGCGUGGAGGUGGAACCGCAGUGACCUUGCUGCUGCGGCGGCGCGACCUGGGAGGAGGAGAUUUACCCGGCUGGAGAUCACCGGUGCAACGCCAACAACGAACCGUCUUCAUCUUUAUUGAUUCCUGCAAAGUAACAAGAUUUAUC